AUGUCGCAGUCACACUACGAGUACGACACAAACAACGAAACUUGGCCUGUGUUCCUCCUAACGGCCAUUGCAGUCCCCCUCCUUCCCUACACAUACUCGUGUCUGAGAGAUGGACUGUUCUCAUCUCGCCAUCAACCACUUAAGGACGCCAAGUCAACCUCAGAAUCCUCAUUCAACCCAUACAAUUCCACCCAUCUCCUUAAAUUCAGAUCGAGCCAGAGGAAAUCCCGUUUUUGGAAAUGGUCAACCCUCUUUUUACUGGCGUCUUGGAUUGUCGUCCUCUCCCUUAUUUAUAAAAUAAGAUCCACCCAUUACACAGUCUCUGAAUCCAAUUUCGAUCCUUGGAAAAUCUUGGGCAUCUCCGAAUCUGAUUCCGAGAAGGUCAUUAAAACUGCCUACAGGAAACUAUCCCUUAAAUUCCAUCCAGAUAAAAUCGAUACCUCUAAUAUGUCUCCAGAGGAAAUCGAUCUUGUUGAUUCAUCCUACGUUCUAAUCAAUAAGGCUUAUAAAGCCCUAACAGACGAAUCUGUUAGGGAAAACUUCCUCAAGUAUGGUAAUCCAGAUGGCCCAAACGAAAUCAAACAUGGAAUCGCCCUACCUGAGUUUUUGAUUAAUGGAAAGGCCUCUCCUCUUUUGGUUCUAGUGUAUAUCUUACUCAUCUCAAUCAUCUUACCCCUGAUUGUGGGUAAUUGGUGGUAUGGUGUUAAGUCUAAAACCAAAAAUGAUAUUCACGUCAAUACUGCCCACCAUUUCAUGAAAAUUAUGAUGAAUGCAAGUCCAACUAAACUGCUACUGGUUGACGAUAUACUCCAUUUUAUCUCCCAUGCAGUUGAAUUCAAACAAUUGGAUGAUAGUUUCACUCCAAAUGACGUUUAUAAUUACUUGAAGUCCUUCAUCGAUAGAACCCCUUCAAAAAAUGAAAAAUUGAGAUUAAAGGUUGUCAGCUUGGCUCCUAAAUUGUUGGUUGCCUUCAUUGAAAUCUCAGCAGCUUUCAAAAACACAGAUUAUACAUUGAAACUCGUGGAUGCCCACAGGUGUAUCAUUCAGGCUUUGAAUAUCGAGAAAAAUGCAGUUCACUAUAAAUUCAAAGAGAUUUUGCAAUUACCUGGUGUAGAAAACUUAAACAUCAAUAAAAACGAUCCACUUAACUCAAAUGUCCUAACAUUGGGUAAAUUGCUGAAAAAGCCAAACUGCGACUUGAAUACCUACUUGCAAAAAUCAAAAGAUACUGAUCUCGACCAAAUACUGGAUUAUGCUUCUAAAAUCCCAUUGAUCGAACCAUUGGAGACAUCCUUUAAGGUGCCUGGCGAAAAAGUCAUAUCUCCUAACUCAUCUACUAAUCUCUCAUUGAAAUUCCUUAUAAAAUCUCCUCGUCAUUCCUCAAAACCUUCUGUUGAUAAGCUAUCCAAGUUUGUCAUUGAUAACGAGCUCCACGAGUUGGAGACCUUGGAAAAUUUGAAGGAUCCAUUGGAAUUCGUUAACAAACAGCCCCUGAUUAGUUUACCCUCCAUACCUCCAUUCUUCCCGGACUUGGAAUAUAUCGAGUCUAAUUCGGGUUGGUUGGCGUUAUUGGUCUCUCAAAGAGACAACAAAAUAGUCGAAAUUCCAAAAUUGUUGAAUAAGGCAGACCUGUCAAACUUGUAUCUAUCCAAUGAUGACUUUUUAUCUUCCAAAGCCCAUGUUUCAACAUUUAAAAUCCAACUACAAUCUCCAGCACCAAAGGAACCAGGUGUUUACCACUUCAGGUUGAUCAUCAGAAAUCUGAUCUACUUUGGUUCUGAUAUCGACAUCCCAGUGUCUAUGGAAGUUAAGGAGAACCCCACAGUUGAUAGUGACGUCUAUGGUAUUGAGGAUCCGAACGAAGAUUCAAUUGCUGGUGCAAUGGCUACUCUCAGGGGUGAACCGGUUAAGAGAUUUGAAAAUGAAUACGAGAGUAGUGACGACGAAGAUGAUGACGACCAUUCGGACACCGACAGUGUCGAUCUUUGGACUGAUUUAGACACAGAUACAGAAGUCGAAGAGGAUACUCUCAAAUAA